UAUAGGGGUCGCUUAGGGGAUGGAGACUUAAGACCGGUUUGGCCUGGGAAAGUAAUGAUAAUUUAUAAUGUAAUAGUGUAUAAUAUAAGAACUCUUGAACUCUCGAAGAAACUGGUUCGCGUGGUCAUCGCGGAUGCCCCGUUUUCCCACGGUCUCCCACUCCGAUGCGAAUUUUGUCGACAUUAUUUUCCGAACAGGAACUAUUUCGUAACUGAAAAUCUCACUCGAUAUCACAUCUAUAACAAUACUAUGAUCGUACGACAUCCACUCUAUCACCACCGCCGUUUACCGUACACGAAGGUCCGCCAGUCUACAAUAAAUCGCCGCCGCGUCCGUCCGGUGAUACACACCAGGUAUAUACGGAUCGAACAAAAUCUCCGAGUCACGCACGUCCGACGACCGGGAAGGGAUGAAAAAAAUACAAAUAAUAAUAAAAUAAUAAUAAGCGGUGCCACACCGGGACAACAGGUUUACAGGUGGCGCGUGCCGACGACAGGGUCCCGACAAGAACGGUUAGAAAAAAAAAAGGGUCCCGGAGGGGAAUGUCCCGAAAAGGGACACCACACCGCCGCUCUACCACCAAUUAUUCCGUCCGGUCUUCGUUCGAUUUUAAUUUCAUCAUCCUGCUACCUCAAAAAUAUACAGGAACUUUUAAAGCAAACAAUUGGGUCAUGUUCAAUAUUUGGAUUAGAAUAAUUUGCAGCGUUGUAUAGAUUUAAUUAAUUUUAUAUUUUAGAAAUAUUACCUAUUAUAUAAUACGUGAAUGUGCUUGCUUUGUAUAAACUAUUUAUUUUAUUGUAUCAUAUUAUAAUAACAAUACGUUGCUUGAAUUAAUGUGAAUAUCAAUUUUGUUAUUAAAAUAGUCUGGGAUUGAUAAAAUUAUAUGAAUAUAAAUCUUUAAAUUAUCGAUCGAGUGUAGAGUACACAACAAUGUAAAAUGUAUAACAUCAUGAUUUGCGAAAUAAAAUGACGAUAUGAGCUUUUAAUUAAUUAUUUUGCUUUAUUUUGUGGUUUAGUUUAA